AGCCCCCCAAGGGGCGCGGGGAGGCUGCUGGGAGGUGUAGUCCCCCCCGGAAAGGCUGGCCGGGAAGGGGGCAGGACCGUUCCCAGUGAUGCUUUGCUGCCGCGCACGGAGCGAGGCGACGACAAGGGACCUGCUCUGCCCACGGAGCUUCCCCCUUCCUGCGUGGGCGCCCCACGCCCCUGGCUCCGUCCUGCCCUGGCUGCCCCCAGCGCCCGGGGGAAGAGCCGCUCCGGCAGGGACCGAGCCUCCCCGCCCCAGCCCAGCCGGGCAGCGGCAGCCCCGGCCGCCCGGGCUCCGGGGGAGGCGGGCGGCGAGAUGUCCGGCGGGGUCGCCGCUGCCCAGGUGCCGGUGACAUUUGAAGACGUUGCUGUCAGGUUCUCAGCAGAGGAGUGGGAGAUCCUGGAGGGAUGGCAGAAGGAGCUUCAUAAAGAAGUGAUGGAGGAGAAUUACCAGUUGCUGAUCUCGCUAGGUCAGCCAGUUCCCACGCUGGCUCUUCUGGCCCUGACUGCAGAGCGGGAGGCUGCUGGCGGCCAGAUCCGCAGCGUCUCCGGAGAGCGAGAGCUCGCCAGCAAAGGCGGCAGCUCAGAGGGUGAAGAACUGGCCUUUCCAGGGGAUGACCCAGAUGUGGGUGGAUUCUGGGACUCAGGGCAAACAGAAGAGGACGGGUGCCCCACAGGAGAUGAGGAAGGAGAGCGUCAGGGCAGCCUGCAUCUUAGCGCACUGAUGAAGCUGGUGAAGGAAAUCCCAGAAUUUCUCUUUGGGAAUUCAAAGGCCACUGUGGAGCCAGCUGAGGCUGCUGAUAGUGAAGCUGAGAUGGGCUCUGAGAGGGCGUGUGCCGACGUUAAACCAGAAAUAACUCCAGAGAAUCCACCUGCCCUUGGCCUGGAGAACUGUUUAGUGGAAGUAUCUGUCAAUAGACCCAGUCAUGCCGACACACCGAGCAGCUGCGAGUCCACCAGUAGCACGGAAGGGGCUCAGCUUGGGAGGCUGUAUGCGGAAGAAGUGGCUCCAGAGAACAGCCCCCUCCAAGGUCUGCUGAACUGCCUGAAGGAAAUUCCCAUCAACAGGCCCCGUCACCCCAACAUGCAGAACCCCAGCGCGCAAGGAGACGUGGAACACAAGAGAGUGGGGGUGGAGAUGAAGAGCUUAUGUGCUACGGUUAAAACAGAAGUCACGACAGAGAGUUCCCCGACCCAGGGGCUGACGGGCUGCCCUGUAAAGAGGCCCAGUUAUCCAAGCACCCCAACCAGCAGGUCGUCUACCAGCAGCGCACAAGCGGGUGUGGAGGACAGGAGGCUGGAGCUGGGGCUUUGGAGAUGUCCUUAUGAAGAGAAUAGCCCCCUCCAAGGCCUGCUGAACUGUCUGAAGGAAAUAAUUGUUCACAAGCCCCAUCAUCCCCACCCAUCGCCCUGCCAAUCGGCCAAGGGCCGCACGCGAGGAGACCCAAGGCAGAGGAGGCCGGAGAGCGAGGAUGGGAGCUCCUCUGUAGAAGUGAAAACAGAAGUAACCACGGAGGAUCCACAGGACCCCGGCUUGGAGAGCUGCCCAUCAGCCAGGCCUGUGAGCAAAGCCAGCCCUCCUCCCGGGCCGUCCAGCCGCUCCCCCAUUAGCAGGGCAGAAGGGGAGGCCAGCGGUAGGAACCUGUUUGGCGAAGGAGCUGUUAAAACGGACGGAGCUGCGGGGAGCUCCCCUGCCCAGGGCCUGCUGAGCUGCUGGAGAGACGUGGCCGGCCCCUGUCGUCCCGCCCGGCCAGCCUGCAGCUCCCCCACCAGCAGCGCCCACCGGGGGGCAGACCAGAGGGGGCUGGACCCGGGGCCCUGGCACGGUCCUUGGGAAGAGGUGGCGCUGGAGGACUCCCCGCUGCGCGGCCUGGAGAACUGCCUGAAGGACAUCGCCGUGACCAGCCCCCGUUGCUCCCACCCACCCGCUAGCCGCUGCUCCAGCCGCGGCGCACAGAGAGCCCCGGGGGAGAGGCCUGGGCGAGAAGCUGGGAGCCUGUCCGCCGAAGAAGCAGCGACAGAGGAUUCCCCCCUGCGUGGCCUGCUGAGUUGUGUGACAGACACAGCCGCACCCUCCCCCCAGCAUCCCAGCCCGCCGACCUGCAGGGCCUCGGCCAGCGGCACCGAGCGGGAGACGGAGCCGAGGGGAGCGGAGGCCGGGCUCUGGAACUCGUCCCCGGGAGAGGUGACGCCAGGGACCAGCCCCCUCCACGACCUGGCGAACUGCCUGCAGGAAACACCUGUCCGUACAUCCUGGGCUUCCCGAGUGCUGGCCCGCAACGCCGGAGCAGAUGUGUCACCAAGGAGACCUGCCACGGGGAUGGUGCGGAGCUGGUGCGGAGAGGACAUCAGCACAGAGACCUCGCCACUCCAAGGUCUGGAGAACUGCCUGAGGGACAUCCCGGUAAAUAAACACCGUUACCCCCACAUGCCAGCCAACGUCGCCUUGACCAGCCCCACGCAGAGAGACAUGGGACAGAGGAGGCCAGGGGCCGGGAGCAGGAGAUCACUUGGAGAAGACGUCAGUACAGAGAAUUCACCGCUGCGAGGCCUGGAGAACUGCCUGAAGGACAUUCCUGUACCUAGCCGUAGUCAAUCCAGUACCCCAGUCAGCCACUCCUCUAUGAGCAGCUCACUGGAUCCACGUGGCAGACUGGAGACAGCGGGGUGGCCAGUGAAAACAGAAGCAGGGGCCGUCUCAGAGGUCACGCCACCGCUCCAAGGCCUGGAGAACUGUCUGAAGGACAUACCCAUGACCAGGCCCAGAUGCUCCAGUGAAACUAGUUACUUCGACCCCAGCAAAGCCCCGGGAGAGGUGGAGCAGAGGAGACCGGUGCCGAGACCCUGGAGAGCAUGCGCGGCAGCAGCAAGUGCGGAGAGCUCCCCCCUCUACGGACUGAUGAACUGCUUGAAGGAAAUACCCGCAGGCCGGCCGCGCUAUGCCAGCACCCUGUCUAGCUACUCCUCCAGCAGCAGUGCCGACGGGGAGAGGGACCCGUGGGGCGCUGGGCCGGGGACGUGGAGGUGGGGCAAUGAAGAACGGAGCCCCGAGAAUUCCCCUCUCCGAGGCCUGGAGAAGUGCCUGCAGGAGAUCUCGGUGCCCAGGCCCCGGACCCCCAGCUCCCCCACCACAGCUGCUGUGGUGGGCAGCCGGCGAGGAGACACAGCGCAGAGGAGGCCAGAGACGGGGCACUGGGACUGGCACGGUGCAGCUACAGUCAGCGCCCAUGUCCACGGCCCAGAGAGCUGUCUGAAGCCUCUGCCUGGAACCAGACCCAGUCACGCCAGCCGCUUGUCGCCCCCCAGCACAGCGGGAGACGCGGGAUGCAGCAGCCCAGAGGCUGGGAUUUCGAGAUUUCAGGCUGAAGAUCAAAGGCAAGAGGAAAACCUCCCAGGCCUGGAGGAGGUAGCUGCGCCCAGAUCCUGUCCUGCCCAGUCCCCUCCCAGCAGCGCUCGGGGAGACGCAGAGCGGCAGGAAUGGGAUGUGCACGCGAGGAGCUCCAGUAGCAGCGGUGAGCCGGAGAGCUUGGAUGUUACGGCUCUGUCUAGAUCAGGUGUGGAGGGAGCUGGCCCCACGGAGACUGGCCAGGAGCGGACAGCAGACUCGGCUAUUUCUGGGGCGGCAGAAGUCACGGUAUGGAGCUCGCCCCUCCCCAAGCUCAACUGUUUGAAAGAGAUCACUGCCAACAGACCAACGCCUUCCUCACCGCCUGCCCACACUGGGCAGGGAGACGGGACGCUGAGGAGAGCAGAGAGCAGGGGGAGGAAGCUGUCCGGGGAAGACAGUACGGCCGAGACUGCCCAUCUCCCAGGUCUGGAGACUUGCUGGAGUGCAGUGCCUGAGAGCCGACGCAGCACCCCCCUCGCCAUGUCCUCCAGCAGCAGCCCACGUGGGGCCAGGGGGGAGAGGAGCCCACAGCCAGGGCUUUGCAGGCUGCACAGAGAAGAAGGGAUGCCAGUGGACGCCCCUCGCUAUGGCCCUGCGACCUGCCCUCAGGGAACCCAUGGAAACGGGCCCAGUCGUUGCAGCACGCCGAGCGGCACCUCGCCUGCCCGCGAUGCCCCGGGCCACAGGCACGCUAGAAGACCCAGGACAGGGAUUAAGAGACCGCACACUGAAGCCAGGACAGAUGCUGCCCGACCACCCAGCACCGGCUCCUGUACUGAUGGUGAGGACGGUGGACAAAAGGCAGAUGCCACAUGGGAGGAAUUUCCGAAGAGACAAUGCUCCCGCGCAGCGCCAUCUCCGUGGGAGUGCUGCGGCUGGGAGAGCGGGACGCCCCUGGACCUCGGGGUGGAGAGGAGCGCGGUCGAGGCCGUCCUCUCGGAGAAGCUGGACCGGGUCUCCCAGGAUUUCGCGGCCAUGUGCAGGGACGUGUCGAGCAUGCAGAGCCGCGUGGCCCAGCUGGAGCGGGACUCGAGGGGCUGGGCCCUCGAGCUGGCUGCCCUCCAGCAAGGCAACAAGCGCCUGAGUGAGACCGUCCGGCGGCUGGAGAGCCGCUGCCACGUGCUGGAGAGCCACGCCCGUCGCAACAGCCUGCGGCUGGCGGGCCUGCCGGAGGGGGCGGAAGGGGGAGACCCCGUCGCCUUCCUGCAGAGGACCCUGCCCACGGUGCUCCACCUGCCGGCGGACUGGCCGCCCCUGGAGAUCGAGAGCGCGCGCCGCGUGCACGGGGGGGCGCGCUGGGACCCUGCCACCCGGCCCCGGGCGCUGCUCUUCCGUCUGCUGCGCUUCUCCGACAAGCUGGCCAUCAUGCGAGCGGUCAGGAAACACGCGGAGCCCCUGACCUGCGGCGGCGCCCGGGUCGCCCUCUUCCCGGACGUCUGCCCCAAGCUGCGCCGGGGGAGCGGGGCGCGGCACGCAGCCGUCAGGGGGCUGUGGCGGGCGGCGGAGCUCCGCUUGGGUGCUCAGCCCGCCGGCUGCUGCCACAGCCGGGCACGAGGACAUUGGGAGCCGCUGCCCAGCCCCCCGGGCCACGCGCCCGCUGCGGGUACACGGGAGCAGAGUCGCCAAAGGGCAGUGACAGAGAGGGGGGACUUGGAGCCGCUGGCUCCGCUCACCCCCCUUUGAGUCACAGGGUCCAUCUCCCUGCCCUGGAGACCACAGCACCCCUUGGGUCCGGACUGGACCUCUCCCACCUCCAGCUCUUUGUUUCCCUGACUGUCGCUAGGUCCCAGCACUUGGCUGCGUGACUCCACCGUGUCCGUGUUUUCCCCGCCACGGUGUGCACCUGCGCUGCUCAGCUCGCAGGCGGGGGGCUCCGGGAACUGCAGAGCAAUAGACUCGGCCGUUAUUGGGGCCGGCCCUGCGGGGAGCCCUUGUAUUGUAACAAGUGAGAUAGCAUCAGAGCCGCGUGUUAGCGAGCUGCUCAGGGAGCCCUUCGGGGGCUAGGCAGUCUGCGAGGGGGGGGCUCUGGGCAGGGGUCCGGGGUAGGGUCAGGCACUCGGGUUUGCUUUGCUCCCCCUGACAAUUGCUCCUUGCCGGCUGGGGAGAAAUUUGACAUUUCCCCUUUUUUCCCCUGUCCGUCGCCACUACCCAAGCUGGUGUCUUUUCCGUCCAGCUUCUAACCACCCCCCGACCCUGGGGGAGUCGCGCUCGCUGCUACGUCUCGGCAGCAGUUUCACAGGGAAGAGCCUUCAGGGACCCGGCCAGGGCAGAAACCUUCCUGGUGGGAGGCAUCACUCACAGGGACGUUGCCAGAGUACGGGCACCGCCGCGUGCUCCAGUUCCCCGUCGGCACUGCCCGCGCCCAGGAGGCGCUGAGGUUAAAGGCUGUCAUGGGCUUGCUGGGCUGGUCCUUUCCCCGGCUGUAUAUCGGCUUCCACUGGCUGGAUCCACCACCCACAGACUUACGCUUAUUCCCCAUUGCCUCAGCCCUCUGUUUUGCUGCCCAAACUCUCCUCUGCAACUCCCCAGGCAGCUCCCGGCACUCUGGAGAGUUUCUGGUUUUCGGGCACAAGGAGAAGCUGCCAGAUUUGGAGCCCUCUGCGCCCGAACAGGUCCCGCCCCCCACGUGUGUGAGCCCGGAACAGCUCCCGCCCCGCCAUGUGCGUGAGCCCGGAACAGCUCCCGCCCCACGUGCAUGAGCCCUGCCUUGGAGGGACCAUCUCUGAGCGCAGAGGGAAGUUCAUUCUCCUUCCUCCCUACCCCGGCCGAGACUACAAACAAAGGGACCGAAGGCUCGAUCCUGUCAGGUGCUGAGCGCUCCGGCCCCGCUGUAGCGAAGCAUAUUAGCUUGUGCUUAGCUUUAAGCCCCUGAGUAACCCCUCUGAAAUAGGUGCUUUCCUGGAUCGAGGUCAGAGCGCUCAGCACCGCAGGAUCAAGCCCUGCAUGGGGGCUGUGUGAUAAUUACACCCACCCACUCCGUACCCAGCUGCACCCGCCAACUCUCCCAGCAGCCAUCAGUGCGCGAUCGGAGCUGGAUUUGAACUGGAGAGCUGCAGUGAAAGGCUCCUGCGCCCGUAACUAGGUCCCGUUACCUAACUCACACCAAUCUCAUCUCAAUAGGCCCCGAUCACUUCAGUGUCCAAUUGCCGAUCUCCAUCAGACAGGUUCUUUAUCACACGUAUUCCUAGGCUGUCCUGUCUCUGCAGCACCAUCCUGCGUGUAAAGCACAGGGUGAGCAGUGAGGCUGAAUGCGAACUGGAGCUAGGCAGGACUAUGGUAGAGGAUGUGCCAUGUAUCGGGCCAGGCAGCCCCGUGAGUGGUGCUUGGACAAUCCCAGCAUUUUAAGAGUUAAUUAGUCCAAUGAAUCAUCCUGUUUGCUGAAUGGAAGUGACAGGUGCCUCCCUGGAUAGUAUUCAUCAAGUUCCCUAAGCUGGCCCCAUGUCUCAGCCAAAAUUUACUGCAGCUGGAAUUUCUUUGUCUUCAGGACGCCCUCUGCCUAUUCCCACUGGGCAGCUCAAAGACCUCUGGUUACAGGGGAGUCACCUUCCGGUACCCACACCUGCCGCUUGAGUUCGCCCCCACCCCCAGCUCUGCCAGUGCAUUGCACUGGGGCCUGCUUUUCUGGGGUGGGUGGUGGCUGCUCUGCAGAGCAGGAGAGUUCUGACCCUGCCGGCUCCCCUGUCGCUCUCAGGUUUGCUCUAACUUGGAGGCCCUACUCAGUAGCCACAGGGCACUGGGGGCCUGAUUCUGAGCUCUCACCCGCGAAAUCGGGAGUGACUCCGCCGUCGGGGGUGGAGCCGUGCCGGAAUCGGGAGUGACUCCGCCAUCGGGGUGGAGCUGUGCUGGAAUCGGACGCUUCGUGGCACAGGUUCCCUUCUGUUGACAGCAUGGUGUUUGUGAGAUCCUUUCCUGCUGCCAGGGUGGGCGGCACGUGGCUCUCCUGAUUUCCCUGUGUUUCUGUGCUCACGGCACAGUUGGACUGCAUUAAAACACUGAUUUUAACCUGCUUGGCCCCCUUGCCUGGUGUUUGUUUGAAUUCCCUGCACCUGCGUUACGGGUGUAAAUCAGGCGGGCCAUGGGCCAGAACCUGCUGUCUGGGUAAAUCCGAGCCACUCCACGGCCUGCAGACUGGGGAGUUCCCCUGGUAGCCGAGAAAUUCAGGCAUCUCCUGUAUG